AUGAGAAAUUUGAUCGUCUUGAACAAAGGACACGUUUCUCCUGAAUCAAAAACGUAUCCAGAUUUGGAGCUUAUUGAUUCAGUUUUUGAUGUGGUUUCUAAUAGUGUGACGUUUGCUUUAUCGUCAAUAGAAUCAGGAAUCAUUGAAGUACAACAAUUCAUGAAAAAUGGAGAACUAUUGGUAUUAGCAUCAUUUCCCACCGAAGGAGGUAAGUUGCUAUCAUUCAAUCAUUUUGUUGAUACCUGCCAGUUAAUAUUUGUAAUGGAAAAUGGAGAUAUUGUUACUGGUACAUAUGACCCAGCACAGCCAGACCCAGAUACCACGAUGGUUGAAAUCGUAGGAUCGAUUGAUUCAGGUUUAUUGGCAUCUUCAUGGUCUCCAGAUGAAGAAACUUUGGCCAUUUUGACGAGAGAAAAUAACUUGCUUUUGUUGUCUAGAUUAUUCGAGCCACUUAAUGAAAAACAAUUAAAUCCAGAUGAUAUAAAAAUUACCGACUCCAAGCAUGUUUCUGUUGGAUGGGGUAAGAAAGAGACACAAUUCAAAGGUAAAGGUGCAAAGGCCUUAGAAAGAGAAAAGGACGCAUUGAAACACGCAGGUUUGGAUCUAAAAGAAGACUCUCCUUUAAGAGACCCUACAGUAGCACAAUUAGAAAAAGGCACCGUGUCGGAAUUUGAUAAUAGAUCUGUGACUAUAAGUUGGAGAGGCGAUUGUGAGUACUUUGCGAUUACGACAGUUGAACCAGUUUUAGUCGAAGAUACCCAAGAAUUGUAUGAUAGAAGAGUCAUCAGAGUUUUCAGUAGAGAAGGUGAAUUAGAGAGUGUCUCUGAAGCUGUGGAUGGAUUGGAGCACAAUUUAUCUUGGAAGCCUCAAGGCUCUUUAAUUGCAUCAACUCAAAGACAUACCGAUGAAGACGGUGAUGAAGCAUUAGACUUGGUUUUCUAUGAGAAAAAUGGUUUGAGACAUGGUGAGUUCAACACCAGAUUAAACCCAUUCGAAGAAUCCAUUCAAGGGCUUGAAUGGUCUUCUAAUAGUGAAGUCUUAGCAUUCCAAUUAAUUGAUAGGGUUCAAUUAUGGACAACCAAGAACUAUCAUUGGUAUUUGAAACAGGAAAUCUACGUAACUGAAGAUGAUUCCUCAAAUGAAGUUUCAUUUAUAAAGUUCCACCCUGAAAAGCCAUUACAUUUAAUGAUUGGAACGCUGAAACGUGGUAUACUAGUCAUUGAUUUGGCCUAUAAGAUAACCACUGGUCCUACUCAGUUAGGUAAUGACAUUGGUAUGACUUUAGUUGCCGACGGUAACAUUGCGAAGAUUACCCCAUUGUCAGUGGCAAACGUUCCACCACCAAUUAGUUUUAGAGAAUUGGAACUUGAAGAUAAUAUCACCGAUUUGGCAACCAGUAAAUCUAAUGAAAUCUAUGCUAUCUUAACUAGCAAAAAUGAUAUUUAUAUUGCCCACAUACCAAUUGAUACAAUGAAACUGGGAAAACAUCCAAAGAUUGUUAGCAAAAUUGAUUCAACUCAGUUUAUCUGUCCAGGAGAAUUCGCAAAGCAAUUAGCUUUUGUUGCCGAUUCUACGAUCGUUGUAGUUGUUGAUAAUGGAAAUUAUUCAAAGGUUAUUGAGUUUGAUAUUCGUGAUGAUAUUUCCUCGCCUGUAUUUAAUGACUCAAUAGAUUUUUCACCAAAGGUUGUGUUAUUAAAAUCACAAGCUGACUUUGAUGCGGUAGCUUUGCAGACUAUCGAUGGUGCUGUUCACCAAUUGAAUUCUUAUCAAGACAUCAAGGAGGUCAGUAGAUUUCCACAAUUAUGUCGUGAUUUUGAAUUAGUUGUGACAUCUUCCAACGAAGAAAUGGAAGAUAAUGAACCCGUCGUAACAGCUUUCGGUAUUUCAACAAAUGGUAAAUUAUUCGCUGAUUCAAAGCAGAUCGCAACUGCAGUGACUUCAUUAAAAACGACAGAGUCACAUCUUCUUUUCACUACUGCUCAAUCACAAUUAUGCUUUAUUCACUUGAAAUCAGCCACUGGUAAUUUUGAGUAUGAUAUUUUCCAAAAGGCUAAUGACAAUAAUGAAUCCUCAAUUGAUGAAAGAGUGAGACAAAUUGAGAGGGGAUCAAUUUUAGUAAAUGCUAUGCCAUCAAAAUACUCUGUUGUAUUGGAAGCACCUAGAGGGAAUUUAGAAACUAUUUGCCCUAGAAUUAUGGUGUUAUCAGGAGUUCGUAAAUUCAUCAAACAGAAGAAUUACAAGGAGGCAUUUUUGGCAUGUCGUACCCACAGAAUUGAUUUGGAUAUUUUGCAUGAUUACGAUCCUGAACUAUUUUUUGCUAAUGUUGAAGCAUUUAUUAAUCAAAUAAAGAAAGUUGAGCAUUUGGAUUUGUUUGUUUCUUGUUUACAUGAAGAAGAUGUUACGUUAACCAAAUACAAAGAUACCAUUAGCGAAUCAGAGAAUAUCACUACUGGGUUGAAGUCAUUACAAUUACAAUCGCAACCUACUCCUGUGCAGAAUGAUGGUAACAAAAUGAAUGGGAAUAAGUUACAGAAGAAGGACCCUAAAGAUUCCAAGGUAAAUAGAAUCUGUGAAAAGAUAUUGUCUAUAUUAUUGAAGCCUGAAUAUUUUGAAAAAUAUUUACAAACAAUUAUUACUGCAUAUGCUUGUGAAAAUCCUCCUAAUUUAUCAGAUGCAUUACAAUUAGUGGGUGGCUUUAAGAGUGUCGAACAAACUGAGCAGGCAGUAGUGCAUUUGUGCUUCUUGCAGGAUGUCAAUAAAUUAUAUGAUACUGCAUUAGGAUUAUAUGACGUUAAAUUGACCUUAGCUAUUGCUCAACAAUCUCAGAAGGAUCCAAAAGAAUACUUACCAUUUUUACAAAAAUUGCAUACACAGCCACAAUUAAGAAAACAAUUCUUGAUCGACGAUUACCUUAAGAACUAUGAAAAGGCAUUAGACUGGUUAUUUGAGAUUGGUGAAGAAUCUCACUAUGAAUUUGAUGAAUAUGUUGUGGAUCACGAAUUAUAUAAAAAGGCUUUGCUUAUUUACAAGUAUGAUAAUGCAAGAACAAAUGAUAUUUUAAGCUUAUAUGCGGAUUAUUUACAUGACCAACAAAACUUCAACGAGUCUGCAUUAACUUACGAGUACUUGAGUGAUUUUGAAAAUGCACUUGAGAACUACAUACUUGGCAAGAAAUGGAAAGAAGCAUUAACCAUAGUUCAAAAAGCUGAAUACUCGUCAAAAUUGAUUUCCUCUGCUGAACAAUUGGUCUCUUCUUUGACGGAAGAACAUAAAUACGCUGCUGCUGCCGAAAUUGAAUUUUAUUUCUUGGGAAAUAUUGAAGAAGCAAUUAAAUUAUAUUGUAAAAAUUAUUUCUAUGAGGAUGCAAUUUUGUUAGCAGCGAAAGAAAAGAAGGAAGAUUUGAUUCCCUCUAUUGUCGAUAUUCAAUUGAAUGAAGGGUUUGGAACGAUUGCUGAAUUAUUGGCUGAUUGUAAAGGCCAAAUGACUUCUCAAUUAAGAAGAUUGAGGGAAUUAAGAACCAAGAAGCAAGAAGACCCAUAUUCAUUCUAUGGAGCGCCAAAUGACGAUUUAGAUACUCCUGAUAAUGUUUCUGUGGCAGCAUCAGAAACUUCAACCACUCCAUCUUUCUUUACUAGAUAUACUGGUAAAACAUCUGGUACGGCCAAAACCGGUGCAUCUAGAAGAACCUCUAAAAACCGUAAGAGAGAAGAAAGAAAGAAAGCUAAAGGUAGGAAAGGUACUAUUUAUGAAGAAGAAUAUCUUAUUAGGUCUGUUGGUCGUUUAUUAGAAAGAUUGGAUCAAACGCAACCUGAUGCUAUUAGAUUGAUUGAGGGAUUAAUUAGAAGGAGCAUGAAGGAACAAGCAUAUCAACUUCAAAAAAACUGGAUAGAACUCCUUGAUUUCUUAAGAGAAAAUAUUAAUGAAAUUCAUAACAUGAGUGAAAGAGAUCGAGAAAGAAUUGAUGAUAACGGUGAAGUAUACUUAAUACCUGAAAUUCCAGUUCCAACAAUAACUGAUUUCCCAAAGAAGAAUAUUUUAGACUUUUAG